GACCCACAGCACAGAGAGCGGCAGGGCGGCCCCAAGGGCAGAGAGGACGCACACACACAGAGAGAGUGGCAUCGUAGCACCUUCAAGGCAUCACCAUGAGUAGUGGCAGCAGUGGCAAUGCUAAACCCUCGGCUUCUACACCGGUGAAGUGGACGCUUGUCGAGGCGGUGGCUGAGACGCCAGAGGGUCGGCGCCACAAGCACCAGAGCCAUGCUGGCCAGCGGAAAGGGCCAGGCGCAAGAGGCUCUGGGUACACAGGAAACUGGGGACAAGGUCGCGAUGGUGGUCGUGGAAGGGGAGGGGGGCAGGGAUAUUCGGGUGGGAAUCGUGGACAGCGAAGAGGAGGGGGGGCAGGAUCGAGGAACAACCAGGGGCAAGGGCGAGGGAGAGGUUAUGGUGGCGGGUACGUCGGGGGGGCAACAUACUACCCGACGCAAGCCAACGUGGGCGCCGAAAGCUUCGAGGAACAGAAGGCAUACAUGACCAAUUUGGCGGUCAGGCAGAUCGAGUUUUACUUUACGGUGGAGAACCUGUGCAGGGAUAUUUUCAUGAGAUCCUACAUGGACGAGGAGGGCUACAUCCCCAUCGCGUUUGUCGCAAACUUUCCGGGGGUGGCGCGAUUUGGUGUGGAGCUAGAAGAUAUCACGGCGGGCAUCCUGGCGAGCGACACACUGCAGGUCGAUACCGAAAACGAGACGAUGCGCAUGCGAGAGGGGUGGGAAGUGUGGCUUCUCCCGAACCAAGCUACUGGAAAGCAAGGCGUACCGCGGUAUAUCAAGGUCGACCCUGCGGUAUCAGAGGCUGAUAGAGUGAACGGGACAGAGCCUAGUGGGAUUCCGGCACAGACAACACAAGACGCUGCUAGCGCUGGAGACGUUCCCGGCGCAGAGGACACACAAACAUCACUCAAGGAGGACAGCACGGCAGGGGCGGAGAAGAAAGAAGGCGACAGUGUGACGGGGCCAGUGGCCGAAGAAGAACAGCAGAGGUCAUCGGAGAAGGGUCAAGUAUCCCAUGAAGACGCGGCCAAGACAGAAUUGACGCCACUUGCGCCGGCCUGGACUCCUGUUGGGGCCUCGACGGACGCCGUACAAGAACAAUCAUCACCACCGAGCCCCCCCACCGCUGUACCUCCCCCUGACCAGAAAGCCCCAGAAGAGGAGGCAGGGGGAGAUGAUGGGGAGCGCGUGACAGACAAACCAGCGGUCCCGACUGCCGAAUUGAAACCGUGACGUGAAGAAAAUACAGUUCGGAACAAGGAGAUCAAGAACAGGCGGGUAUCGCACCACGACUUGGAUUGGAUCUGUUCUGAGCUGGCGACGUUGCGUCCUCUCCUGGUCCGCAUCUUUUCGAACGGCGACGUUGCCAUGAUCAAGACUAGCUGUUGUUGUAGCGAUGAAGAGUCGUGGCUGUGCCUCUUUGAAAUCGUUGCGAGACGAGUUGGUAUCGCCCCUACAUGUGUUUUUAGCCACAACGUAGUGUUGACGUACAGCUAGGGAAGCAGGUUGUCCCGGCACGAACCCGGCACGAAGGCACCCUAGUUUUCCGUCGUGGCGCGGUGAUUUGACCAACGCGGCCACUCCCGGGGCAACGAGAGACAUCGAUUCCAUCCGCUGUGCCGAACCGCGUACAAUGCGUGUAGUUUUUUGUGACGUAUUUGCCUGUCCAGGAAGUGUUGCCAAUUUGUCGAAGGCCGCGUCUUCCUUUUGUGUCUUGCUCAGAGUAUCUCAGGGCUUGUUGCAUGUGCUCGAAACAUGUCGGUGAAGAAUGCUUGACGGUCAACGCCUACACAAGUGUAUAGUAGAUCUGCCGCGUGUGUGUAUUAGUACGAGAGUGCGUCGUUGUCAGGGUGACGGGUAGUGACUCACAGGUAGUAUUGCUCGAAUUGAUGUUGGAUGAUCACCAAAGACCCAAUUUAA